GUAAAAAUGAAGUAUUCAAAGCCAUUCACUUACUUCUCUAGUUCAUACCGAAUUUUGCAGUAUCAACACAAUGCCACCUAAAUUCAUUCUAAUCUCCGCUAUUUCUUUCUGCAUCUUUCUUAGUUGCGUGGAGAGUCAAUCAAUCUCUGAAGAGGCUUCUGAUUGCCAAUGUGGUAACACGACUUCCACGGGCUUGGCGCUGCGGGUGGUUGGCGGUCGUUACCUGGAGGAGGGCGAACAUCCUUUCCUGGCUCUCCUGAUAAAGGACUCCUACUUCAUUUGUGGAGGCUCCAUCAUCAGCAAACGCUUUGUGCUCACUGCAGCACACUGUAUAGAGGACAAACACCCUCUUGACAACUUUUACGCAGUGUUUGGAACUCAUGAUAAGACACAGAAGUUCAAAGAAGGCGUCAUUCAGUAUCGAGCUGUAGAACGGAUUAUAACACAUCCAGAUUACUACGAAACACGUAGCGGAAUUUUAAUUAAUGACAUCGCCCUUCUUCAAGUUGGCACGAUACACUUCAAUGCUAGAGUGCAGCCCAUCUGCCUCCCGGAUUUAGAUUUGAGUAGAUUCAAAGCGGCGAAGAUACAAGGCUGGGGCUCAACGAACUUCAAGGGAAAGGCGCCAAGGUUCCCCAAGGAGGCGAUCCUCUCGGUGCUGACCGAGCAAGAAUGCAGGAUGUCCCCAGUACAGCCCAUGAUACGCCAUGUCCAGGAUAUCCACCACGCGGUAGUGUGUGCCUAUGAGAGGGCCACAGACGCUUGUCAGGGUGACAGUGGUGGGCCGCUGUUUAUAUCAAAUGAAAAAGGACUAGUGUAUCAAAUAGGAAUAGUAUCUUUUGGACUGGAGUGUGGCAACACGGAAGAUAUACCUAGCAUGUACACCCGACUCUCUAGUUACAUGGAUUGGAUAAAGCUUCAUAUAGACUCUGUCUGUUCUGCCAUAGCCUGACCUUCCAUCAUCUCGGGUUCUCAUUUGGAUCUAUAAUGAAAUAAUAAACAAAUCUUUACAGUGCA